UAGUCUCCGGUCUUUCGUCAACUUGAACAUUUUUAAAAACGUAUUUUUUUUUUAAAACUUUCAAAAAUUCGCCCCAAAAUAUUCGGCAAGUGCUUAUAAAUUUUCAAUGUCUUCGUUUACGAGGGAGUUGUGUGAUCUUUGCCGGCGAAUCAAGAUUCGGGUUAAGCACAGGAUCUCCGAGUUGAAUGCUAAGAAGGACGCUUUAAAUCGUUAUUCACAUAACUCGUACGGUAUGCAAACCAUCAAGUGCGUGGUCGUUGGAGAUGGCGCUGUGGGCAAGACGUGCCUGCUGAUAUCGUACACAACCAACAAAUUUCCAUCAGAAUAUGUGCCAACUGUAUUUGACAAUUAUGCGGUGACAGUGAUGAUCGGCGGCGAGCCGUAUACGCUGGGACUAUUCGAUACAGCCGGUCAGGAGGAUUACGAUCGACUGCGUCCGCUGUCCUAUCCGCAAACGGAUGUGUUUCUUGUCUGCUUCUCGGUGGUCAGUCCCAGUUCAUUUGAGAACGUCAAGGAGAAGUGGGUGCCGGAGAUAACGCACCAUUGUCAGAAGACGCCGUUCCUGCUGGUGGGCACACAAAUUGAUUUGCGCGACGAGACAAGCACAUUGGAGAAACUGGCCAAGAAUAAGCAAAAGCCAAUCACAUCCGAGCAGGGCGAAAAACUGGCCAAGGAGCUGAAGGCGGUCAAAUAUGUUGAGUGCUCGGCCCUAACACAGAAGGGCCUGAAAAAUGUCUUCGAUGAGGCCAUAUUGGCCGCCCUGGAGCCGCCAGAGCCAUCCAAGAAGAGGAAAUGCAAAUUCCUCUAAUUAUUUUUGUUUCCAUGUUGUUUUUCGGUUGUUUUUUUUUCUUCUUUUUUUCUGCUUCGCUCUCA